AAGGUUUUUGGUUUCCUCUUGUAUAUAUAUUCAAGCAAUCAAAACAAACUAUCGUCACCUGCAACUCCUAAAUCCAUGGCUGCAGUCUCGCUGCCAUCUUCAUCUUCAGUGUUCUCCUUCUUCCUCACUACCAUCUUUCUUCUCUCCAUAUCAUCAUGGGAAGUUGAGGCUCAUCCAGUGCCUGCUUUGAUCAAUGAAAAGCUUUACAACAACUUGUUUCUACACAAGGACGACACUGCAUGCCCUGCAAAUAAUUUCUACACCUAUAGCUCCUUCAUCAGGGCAACCAAAUACUUCCCGAGAUUCGGCACCACCGGAAGUCUAGCCACCCGAAAGCGUGAGAUUGCAGCAUUUCUUGCUCAGAUCUCUCACGAGACCACAGGCGGGUGGGCUACUGCGCCCGACGGACCAUACUCGUGGGGUUUGUGCUUUAAAGAGGAGGUCAAUCCGGGAAGCAAUUACUGCGACGACACGAACAAGGAGUGGCCAUGCUAUCCUGGAAAAUCUUACAAAGGAAGAGGACCGAUUCAACUAUCUUGGAAUUAUAAUUAUGGUCAGGCAGGCAAGGCAUUAGGGUUUGAUGGACUUAAAAAUCCAGAAGUAGUAGCAAACAGUUCCCUAAUAGCUUUCAAAACAGCUCUAUGGUUCUGGAUGACGGAGCAAAAGCCGAAGCCCUCUUGUCACGAUGUCAUGGUAGGUCGAUAUGUGCUCACGCAAGCUGACAUUGCUGCAAAUAGGACUGUCGGAUUCGGGAUGGUGACGAACAUCAUCAACGGUGGACUCGAGUGUGGAAUAGGCAACGAUGCACGAGUAAAUGAUCGAAUUGGCUAUUUCAAAAGAUAUGCUAGUCUGUUUGGUGUUCAAACAGGACCAAAUUUAGACUGUGAAAAUCAGAAGUCCUUUUAGUUUUAUGUGACAGAACAAUAAGUUAGUCUAGCUCGCAAGUCUAAUAUAUUGUAUGUAUGUUCAUGCUUUGACAUGCAUCCAUCUCUAUUUAUAACAAUAAUCAUAGCUAGCGAGUUAUAUAUGGAUCUGUCAUCUGUCAGCCUGCUACGUACUUCUCUAUAUAUGAUUCUCUUUGAGAUCUCUCCGAUAGUUGUUUUAUAAAACAAUAAUAUAUAGCUAGCGAGUUAU